AUAGCGAUGCAUACCUCCACUUCGGUCGAUAUCUAUUACAUACACAAAGAAGUUUAGGAAAUAGCUGGUGUUCAUUUUGCAUUGUUCGGACAACAGCUAGGUUGGGUAAAAUGAAUCCAUUUACCAUGUAUUUACUCUUGAUAUGGAUUUUUUGUGUCUCAGGGGCAAAGCAACAGAGACGGCAGGGACAGCAAGUAUAUGAAGAGAGCUUUUUCUACCGAUCCCAUGAUGCAUUACAACAUAUCUCAUACAAACUUGACAUAUUUCGAUGUUCCAAAGCUGCGUGGGAUAAAGCGACACGAGUGAGUCCAAGAAACCCUGGUAGGUUCGCAGCCAUUACCUGGAUAAGCAUGUAUUCCAGGUUAUGUCAUAUUGAUAAACGACUUUUAAUCGAAGACCUCCAGAACAGUAACUUCCCGUUCCGUUUAAAUAAAGAACUAAGAUGUACGCUUCACAAAAAUAGAAACCGAGAAGUGAGAGACAUUUUUCUGAAAGCUGGAAAUAUGAUAGAUGAGGCGUUGGAUAUAUUAAAACCAACUCUUUACACAGAGAAUCUUUACAGAGGACUGACAGAUUUUCCGUACAGGGAUCUGUUUAUUGAAGAUGGUUUCUUCAGCACAACAAAAGAUAUCCAUGUCGCUCUAGGGUUUGCCAAAGGGAACAUACUGCAAAUAAUUACGCAUAUGUAUGGAGUUUAUAUUGCGAACUAUGCUGAAGAAAGAUUUCGAUAUCAAAAGGAAGUUCUAGCUAAACGACAGGCCAUGUUCCAGAUAGGACGGAAGGUAACGGAUGAAGGACAGAUUAAACAGAUCAUUGAAGGCCUUAAGCUUCGUAAAAAACGUUUGUAUCCAAAAGAAAUAAUUUAUAUGGAGCAAGUAUUCCUUAGUGAUGAUGUUCGAAACGAGCUAUCUCGCAAUCAGCAAAGUCAGUCGCAUCCCUACUGCGAACCGUCAUACUAACUUGUUUAUUUUAAGGUCUUUCAGACCGUAGUAACUCACACGCCUGUUUUUGCUACCAUGAUGAUCACUUAGCUUGUUUGUAACUUAUACCGAGAUUAUUGUUUAUUAAUAUUCAUCAGUCCAUUAAAUGCGUUUAUAUAUGUGUG